GCUGAGUCUGUAUAAAACAGGGUUAGGCUUCAGCUUGCGCAAACGCCAACCUGACAACAUGAGGUCCAGCAGCUUCUUUGUUCUGGCCGUGCUCGUCAUCCUUGGCUCUCUGGCAGCACAGGCUGCUUUAGCAGCAGUUUCCCGUAAAGGUGAAGACACAGUCAAAGGCCAUGUUCUGGUGAAAGGACAAAAUCCAGUCAAAGGACAAAAUCCAGUCAAAGGGGGAAAUCCAGUCAAAGGACAAAAUCCAGUCAAAGGCUCAGUUUCCAUGAAGUCUGGUUCCUGUCCCACAGUUCUGAUCCGGUGUGCCAUGUUAAAUCCCCCUGAUCGCUGUCAGAAUGAUGCUGAUUGUCCAGGGAGCAAGAAGUGCUGUGUGGGAUCUUGUGGGAAGGCUUGUUUAAUCCCCCAGUAAGGAGCACCUGUCCUCACCACACUUAUGAAGCCCCAGGGCCAUAGGCCCUGCUCCCUGUAGUACUCCCCUCCCCUCCAGGGCCCAUGCUUCUUCUCAUUCAGAAUGCCCAUGUCUUGGAUGUGUCUCCGUUCAACUUUCCAAUAAAGACCACAUUCUUCUA